UUCCCCACCAUCCAUCUGCCCUUUGAGUCAUACCAAAGCCACUUGGAUUCCAUAAAAAAAUUUAAAAUAUUUUUUUUUACUUCCUUUUUAUUUUUCCUCUUUUUUAUAUGAAGAGUUCUGAAUUGGGUGCCUAAUAUUUUCGGUUUUCCGUAUUUAUCUUUGGAAGCUUGUGGGUUAUUAUGUAUUUAUGUGAUACCUGGGCGCACUCUGCUCUCAUGUUCUAUAUGUGAAGUGGGUGCUUCUUGUCUUUUUGUUUUAGCUUCUGGGGUUUGUGGUUGGUCUUGGAGAUUGGUUUUGUGAACUUGGAUACAAUGGGUUCUGGUACCAAUUUGGUGACUACUAUAAUUGGGUUUGGGUUGAGUGCAACUUUCAUUGUGUUUGUUUGCACCAGAAUAAUUUGUGGAAGACUACGAGAGCGUGUGGGAUCAAGGACUAUAUAUGAAAUUGAAACAAGAAGUGAUAUAGAACGGGCAGAAUAUCACGGUAAUGACCCUGAACCUGCUUUUGUUGCUGCAAUCCCCACUUUGAAUUUCAACCAAGAAGCCUUCAGUAACUUUGAAAGUACACAGUGUGUGAUAUGUUUGGCAGAGUACAAAGAAAAAGAACUAUUGCGUAUCAUACCAAAAUGUGGCCACAGUUUUCACCUUUCUUGCAUUGAUAUGUGGCUGAGAAAACAAUCCACGUGUCCAGUGUGCCGUUUGUCACUACAGAAUGCUAAUGAAGCAAAACAUGUGAGACAUGUACCAUUUACUAUUAGGCAAUCUCUUGAUGAGUCCCACUCCAAUACUUCUUCAGAAAGGAUCACAGAUAAUGAGAUGGAAGUUGAACAUAAUGCUAGUAACUCCCCACAAUCAACUUUGGAAGAACCAGACACCAGACACUGAUGUUGUAGUGUGUGCCUAAUCUGUGUAUGUAAAGGAACAUUGCUACUACCUCCCUAGAACAUUGCUACUAACACUACACUUUUUGAUAUAUUUAUUAUGUGAAUUUUAGUUGACUCUCA